UCCUGACCAUCAUGUGCUAUGACCGCUACGUGUCCAUCUGCAAACCCCUGCACCACGGGACCCUCCUGGGCAGCAGAGCUUGUGCCCACAUGGCAGCAGCUGCCUGGGCCAGUGCCUUUCUCAAUGCUCUGCUGCACACGGCCAAUACAUUUUCCCUGCCCCUGUGCCAUGGCAAUGUCCUGGGCCAGUUCUUCUGUGAAAUUCCACAGAUCCUCAAGCUCUCCUGCUCUUUGUACAACCUCAGGGAACUUGGGCUCAUUGCAGUUAGUGGCUGUUUAGGAUUUGGUUGUUUUGUGUUCAUUAUUUUCUCCUAUGUGCAGAUCUUCAGAGCUGUGCUGAGGAUCCCCUCUGAGCAGGGACAGCACAAAGCCUUUUCCACCUGCCUCCCUCACCUGGCUGUGGUCUCUCUGUACAUCAGCACUGGCACAUUUGCUCACCUGAAGCCACCCUCCAUGUCCUCCCCAUCCCCGGAUCUGGCCCUGUCAGUUCUGUACUUGGUGGUGCCUCCAUACCCCGAUUUGGAAAUUUCCCAAUGCCAGCAGAGCCCAAAUCCAGCAGAUUUCUGCCACUGGCAACGACACGACCGAGAUCUGGUGUUUGCUGGCAGCGCCAGCGCCCAGAUCUGA